AUGGCCUCCCAGGGAUCCACACUCUCUCUGCUGGAGGCCCUAAGCAGUGACUUUCUGGCCUGUAAAAUCUGCCUGGAGCAGCUGCAGGUGCCCAAAACCCUGCCCUGUCUGCACACCUACUGCCAAGCCUGCCUGGCCCAGCUGCCCGAGGAUGGCCACCUGCGAUGCCCCGAGUGCCGGGAAGUUGUGCCCGUACCACCCGGGGGGGUGGCUGUCUUCAAGACUAACUUCUUCGUCAAUGGGCUCCUGGAUUUGGUGACUGCACGGGCCGGGGGAGACCUAUGGGCAGGGAAGCCAGCUUGUGCCCUCUGCGCCCUGAUGGGGGGCACCAACACCGGAGCGCCAGCUACUGCCCGGUGCCUGGACUGUGCUGAUAGCUUAUGCCAGGCUUGUGCCGAUGGGCACCGCUGCAGCCGCCAGACCCAUACCCACCGAGUGGUGGACCUUGUGGGUUACAGAGCAGGGUGGUAUGAUGAGGAAGCCCGGGAGCGCCAGGCAGCCCAGUGCCCCCAGCACCCUGGUGAGGCUCUGCGCUUUAUGUGCCAGCCCUGCUCCCAGCUGCUGUGCCGGGAGUGCCGCCUGGACCCCCACCUGGACCACCCAUGCCUACCCCUGGCCGAGGCAGUGCAGGCCCGGAGGCCGGGCCUAGAGGAGCUGCUAGCGGGUGUGGACAAGAACCUGGCAGAGCUGGAAGCUGCCCAGACCAAGGAGAAGGAAGUCUUGGUCCGGCUGCGGGAGCAGACGGCCAAGGUGGGGAUGCAGGUAGAGGAAGCAGCCGAGCAGGUACUCCGGGCCCUCCUGGCCCAGAAGCAGGAGGUGCUGGGGCAGCUCCGGGCCCACGUCGAGGCUGCUGAGGAGGCUGCUCGCCGGAGGCUGGCCGAGCUCGAAGGCCGGGAACAGGUGGCCAGGACGGCGGCCAUGUUUGCCCAUCGAGUGCUCAGCCUGGGUCGUGAGACUGAGAUCCUCUCGCUAGAGGGGGCGAUUACUCAGAGACUCCAGCAGCUGCAGCGUUGCCCCUGGACACCUGAGCCAGCCCCCUGCCGGUUGCCCCAGCUGGAGCUGCAUCCCGGACUGCUAGACAAGAACUGCCACCUGCUCCAACUCAGCUUUGAGGAGCAGCAGCCACAGGAUAGGGGGGAAGAUGGAGCUGGGACCCAGAAAGCUAAGGCAGCCCAGAGUCAGGGAAAGGACCAAGCCAAGAUAGAGAGCCAGUUCGGUGGAGUCCAGUCCCAGAGUGGGGAUGUUGCCAAGUGCCCAAAAGAGGAGAGGAUACGGAUUCAGAAAGAAGAUGGGGCUCAGACCCCAAAAGAGGACAGGGGCCAGAUUCAGAGAGAAAAUGGGGCCCAGACCCCCAAAGAGAAUAAAGCUCAUAUCCUCAGAAAAGAUACAGAAGCUGUGUCCCAGAGAAGUGGCAGCUCCCACAGGAGAAAGUUCAACGAGAGGCUUAGGUCGAUUUCCCGGGACCUUAGCCCAGCACCAGGGCCAAACCUGGAAGGCUCUGGCCUCCUUCCCAAACCUGUCUUUUUAUACAGCUUCCCCACGCGGAUGCCUGGAGACAGGUGGUCUCCCCGGAUCACCGGCCUCUGUCCCUUCGGUUCUCAGGAGAUCCUGGUGGCAGAUGAGCAGAACAAGGUACUGAAACGCUUCUCCCUCAAUGGCGACUACAAAGGCAAGGUGCCAACCCCCGAGGGCUGCUCCCCGUGUAGCGUGGCUGCCCUGCAGGGCGCCGUGGCCUUUUCGGCCGGCGCUCGGCUCUACCUCAUCAGUUCUGAUGGCGAGGUACAGUGGCGCCGGGCUCUGACCCACUCACAGGCCAGCCACGCUGUGGCUGCCCUGCCAAGCAGAGAUAGGGUGGCUGUCAGCGUGUCAGGCUACGUGGAGGUUUACAAUAUGGAAGGGAGCCUAGCUACCCGGUUUGUCCCCGGGGGCAAGGCCAGCCGGGGCAGCCGGGCACUGGUGUUCCUGGCAACCAGCCCCCAGGGCCAUUUUGUGGGGUCCGAUUGGCAGCAGAAUAGCUUGGUGGUCUGUGAUGGGCUGGGCCAGGUGAUCGGGGAGUACAGUGGUCCCGGCCUAUAUGGCUGCCAGCCAGGCUCCGUGUCUGUGGACAAGAAGGGUUAUAUCUUCCUGACCCUUCGAGAGGUCAACAAAGUGGUGGUGUUGGACCCGAAGGGCUCACUGCUGGGCGACUUCCUUACAGCCUACCACGGCCUGGAAAAGCCCCGGGUGACCACUAUGGUGGAUGGUCGGUUCCUAGCCAUUUCCCUCAGUAACGGAACCAUCCAUGUCUUCCGACUCCGCUCUCUCAACAGUUAA